AUGAGUGGCAAACCUAGUCCUACAACUGGCCUUUCUAGCCUGCCCCUCGAUCUACUUAUACGCUACAUCGAUAACGUUUUGUCGGCUAUCAUUAACCAGGACUUGGGCUGCAAAAUAAUUGACAGUGGAACAGAGCUAAGGGAUUUAGUACAACCUGUUGCCUCAGACUUUUCUAAAUUGUUUGAUGGCAUUUCAGAUGCUGCAAAAAUGUUCUCGGAUCAGGUAAUUCGGAUCUUAAUAUAUUUCUUUCUAGUUGCAGUGGGGCUUUUGGCGAUAGCUAAUGUUUUAGAAAGAUUCGACAAUAUUUCUGCAAAUGACAGAGAAUGCAUAGACCUUCUUAAAGCUAUGCUUAAGCUGGGUAAAUACUUGAAACAGAUGAAAGAUAUCAGUGCUGAUUUGCACAAAGAGACUUUAGAAUGUAUAAGCGAAGCUGUCAAAUUGAUAGUUUCUGGUGCGAUUUUGUGUUGUUCCUUUAUCACAUCGAAUAAACUAUCCAAGUUCCUGUUGACUAGGAAGAUCCGCGAUGAACUUGUCUAUGUUCGGGGGAAAGUAGAUUCUAUGAAAGCGGAUCUGAUGCUUCAAAUGCAAGUUCUGACCAUUACGACAUUUACCUCCUAUCAUCGGCAAAAUAAUGUUACAGGUGGGAAAGAGGAUAAUAAUUUUCUUGGAAUAACAGACCAAGACCACUCCGAGCAAUCCAAAGACACGAACAGUGAGAUUGAGGAGAGUUGUGAAACAGAGCUCGAAGGAUCAGAGUCAGACACGGUUUCUUCUGAGGGACAACAUAAUUGUAGUGUGGUAAAUGAGCCCGAACUACUCAAAAGACCGCUAAGUAGCUCUCUCGGGCUGGGUAGAUUUCUUAAAAAGAAGAUUCCAAAAAUAUUUGGACUCCAAAAACCUUCAAUUGAGUUCAAAUGCGACGAAUUGAAGCGGGCAACAAAAUGGUUUACAAAGGAUUCCAACAAUAUAGAAUCAAUAAUGUUGGUGAAGGAGAUCCAAACAUUUCCAAUUGAGUUCAAAAGCGACGAAUUGAAGAGGGCAACAAAAGGGUUUACGAAACUAAUAGGCGAAGGUGGUUUUGGGAGAGUUUAUUAUGGAAUUCUGUCUGAUGGAAAACGAGUUGCAAUAAAGAAGUUGAGCAUAGAAAGUCCUCAAGGCAAAAGAGAGUGGAUGAACGAGCUGACUCAUCUAUCAAAGCUAUGCCAUCGAAACAUAAUAGAGUUGGUGGGUUACUGCUCUGAAGAAGAUAGGAUGUUAGUCUACGAUUACCUCCCACGAAACCUGUCAAGCGUGAUUAUUGGAGAAAAUGAGAUGAUUAUGGACUGGCCAACAAGACUCAAGAUUAUAUUGGACAUAAUAAGGGGACUCGCAUAUCUUCACGAGGGUGCAGAUGCGUGUAUAGUGCACAGAGACGUUAAACCCAGUAACAUUCUUCUGGAUGAAAAUUUCAAUGCCAAGAUUUCUGAUUUUGGUUUAGCUCGAGUAAUGAGAUCGGAUCACGUCCAAUAUGUCAACAUGGAGGUUUAUGAAAAUGGCUUGUUGUUUCUAAAGGAUGCAACUAAUUUUAUUAGCCAUGAAACAACCCGUACUUCUGGAACACUGUAAAAUCGCCUUAUCCUUAAACCCUUCAUAAUUAUGAAAAUGAUUAAUCUAUGCAGUUGGCAAAUUUUAGGGGAAGAGUACUGUUUUCAUGUUGGGAGCUGAUUAAUGUAUUUUCUUUUCCUUGUUGGUCUCUACAGGGGUUAUAUGGCUCCUGAGUAUGCUAUUCAUGGUCAUCUAAGUACGAAAUCAGACGUUUACAGCUUUGGAAUCACGCUGUUAGAAAUCGCCUCUGGCAGAAAAAUUUUUGAUAUCACAGUCGAUGGCCGGAUGCUCAUCCAGCAUGUAAGAAUAAUACUUGCAUAUAUCGUUACUAUAACCGUUAUUUGUAGGGGGUUUAGCAAACUAAUAUCACAAUUUAAUUUCUUGUUUGGUGUGUGAACGCAGGCGUGGAGGUUAUAUGAAAAGGAUUGGCUUCAUGAGCUAAUCGACCCUCGAUUGCUCAGCACCGACGGUUUAAUUUAUUCAAGCAGCGUGUCAAGAACAGUUAAGAUAGGUCUUUGCUGCAUUCAUAAUGACUACGCAAGACGCCCAUCGGUGUCACGAGUGUUAGCAAUGCUUUUAUCAGAAGAAGAGAUUCCAAAUCUCAACCGAGAAGAUGAACCCUUUUCAGAUUUACGUUACAUGAUAGGUGAGAGUAUUCACACAGAUAUGCUGAGUGGUGAGUCUGUGGAUUCGAGUUACGUGAGAGGUGAGAGUUUUCACACAGAUAUGCUGAACGAGGAGAGUUGUGAAUAUUGAAGAGCCAGACACAGAAAACGUUACUCGCAUCUUUUAAGAAAUUUAGGUUACGUUUUCAUUUCAAUUUAAAUUUCAAUAAAUUUAUUCUUCUACAAUUCAGUCUUCUCGAAGUUAUAGAAGAAUGUAAGAAAGACCAACAUCUAUUUUGCGUGUAACAAUCAAAGUUUAAUUAAAUUUAUAAACAAUUUAAUUU